AUGCAGAGCACCGGCGAUACCCUUCGGUGUUGGGACCCGGAGACUGGCGGUGAAUACAAAAUUCUGAGCAACGCCUGGAGCUGCGCAGAAAACUUUGAAACAUGUGAUUGUCCCCCGCUGAAAGCGGACCCUGACAUUGCGGGACAAGGUGUAACUGCAUCUUUGUUUAUAUCUGCCAUUAUUACUGCUUUGAAUGCCAUCAAGAUAGCAAAGGUCUGUUACGACUUGGCCCUCUGCUUGGGAGAUCAGCAACUGGUGACCUCCAUCGCCCUUCUUAUUGCAGCCAUCAAAAAGCUCCACAUCGACCGGUCACUCAGCGUCUACCACUUCACCUACGUUAUAGACAUAGCCUUUCUCAGUUCCGCCGCCUAUACGUACACAACCAUUACCCAUUGGAGUAUGAAGGACAUGGACGAACCAAAGGAUGAUGAUGAUGCUUUUGAUACUCAGGACCCCAAGCCACUCCUCACUUGGGAACGACUCCGAAACGGAUUACCAUGGACGUUGAGAUUACUGCUGAUGUACACCCUGGAUAUAUCGCUACUCUAUAGCAGCUGGGCGGCCGCCCGCGAGGAUUGGGACGAAACCCAAGGCUGUCCCGCGUUGUGUGUGAUGGAAAACUCCCCCUUUGGCGGGGAAGGAAGGAAGUGGAUGGUGGUGAAUUAUCUUCAGAUCCUUUCAUCUGACAUCUCGGGCAUCUUUGACAACAUCUCAUUCUUCACUGGCAGAAUCUGGCCCUGGUGGGUUCUGUACUUGCGUCCAAAACUCAUUGAUGAAAGGGGCCUCCCAGCCACUCUUCGAUCAAGAGAGCAACACACUGAACAAGCUGGUCUUGUGACAAGACUAUGGUCAUGGUUCCUGAUGAAAGUGAAGAAGAGAUCUCCCGCAGGCCUUAGAAUUUCUUACCGCAACGUGGAUCCUCAGAUGGACGCUCCUCCGACCGUGCUUGAAGAUGGCCGGCCUUCGAGAGUCCCUACUACUAUACAAGGGCACUCCAUGAACCAAUUACGAGUUCCAGAAGGACAGUCAUGCUCUGCGACCGUUGUGUUCACUGGGCGGUGGAUUCUUAGGCCAGUCAAAGCCGUCCUUUCUCGCCUUUGGCUCCUCAAAAACUCAAAGUCCUGUCAGCUUCUCGAAAACACAGUAUGGUUCUGUCUGAACUUUUAUUGGGCCGUCGAAUGUAGGCGCCUGGGCCAGCGUGAGAUGGACGAGGAGGAAUAUGAGGCCGAACAGGCCAUGGGGUUUGGGCAGAUCGUCCCUGUGUUUCUUCUGAUUCUUUUUGUUUUACAAGUGUUCGACUCUCUCAAAGGCAAUAGCCAUCAGGAUGCUAUUCCUGGCCAACAGCCCCGCCUGGGCAUCUUGAAAGUGGUUGAAGAUCCCUCUGCAAUGUGGCAUGAUCAGCCUUUCGCCAUGUUUCUCGACGUGGGAUUCGUAGGUUUGCGUGCUUCCUUCCGUACCCACGUGCAUUUAAAGGGUGUUUAUCAGGUAAUCGCUUUCCGUACCUCCGAAUUCAUUCGUUGCUGGCAGGAGGCAGAUGACGGAAAUCACACGCGUGUUUACUACAAUAUCACAAACGACCAGUGGAACUGUGCAAUGCACUAUGGUCAUUGUGACUCUUGUCCCAAACUUCAAGGAGAUCCUGACAUAGCGGGGAUCGGUGUAUUUGUUGCGUUCAUGGUCUCCGUUAGCCUUACCGCUCUACUGGGCAUUAUCUUUCCCAUCUUAUCAGCAGCACUGCGACCGAGGGCUACUGUCAUUCACGAUUGUCUAGACAUCCUUCUAGAAAAAGUCGUGAGGAAAACCAUCCUGAAAAGACUUGGGAUCAAGAAAGCCGAACGCUGGGCGUUGGUAUGCUACAAUUCGGUAUUCAGCCUGGGCGAUCAACAACUCACAACAGCCUUAGCCCUGUUGGUAGCAACACUCAAGAAACUCUACAGCGACCAAAGUUUCAGCGUUUACCACUUGAAGUUGGUAAUGAACUUGGCAUGUCUGAGUAACUGCGUCUACGCCUACGCCAUCAUCUCCUUGCGGAUAAAGAUGGAUUUGCAGCAGCCCACCGAUCGCGCGGAAGGAUCCCCGGCGGUGGCACCGCGGCGGGUGAAAAACAAACCACCCAUGGUGAAUUGGUCCAUGCGGCUGCGGAGCGUCCUCAUGUUCACGGUGACGGCGUUGCUCCUCUACACCGGCUGGAUCGCGGCCAGAGUCGAUGGCAUGGAACCCAAUUGUCCAGCGUUGUGCUUCAAGAAUGUCCCAGCAAAGGGCCAGGCAGUAAAGCCUGUUCUUCAGCUCUUUGAUUCCGUUUCAGAGACUAAAGUCGAGACCGAUGUGCAAGAUCAAGUCGAGCGAGGGACUCAGACGGAGAGCAGAACCGAGCCCGAGGUUGAGAACGGGCCAGAAGGGCGAGCAGUCACAGCUUCAAACAUGGCUUAG